AUGUAUGAUGCUCGUUUGAAGUGCCUCUUGACCAACAUCCGUUCUCUUUCCAAAAAUAUUGGUGAUCUCCUAUUUCGGAUCAGGGAUGGGAACUUUAGUGUGGUAGCUCUUACCGAGACAUGGUUGUCUGAUGUUAUUAGUAAUGAGUCCUUGUUCGGGGAAUAUUGUAGACAGUAUGAAAUUCUCAGAUGUGACAGAUCCGACAAACGUGGUGGUGGUGUCGCUGUGAUCGCAAGCAAAAUUUUCUACCCCCGAAUCAUAUUCAAGGAGUCGAUAGAUAAUUCCUAUGAGAUCAUGGUAGUCGACCUGGACAUGGCGUAUUCCAAGGUCAGGGCUCCAUCAUGUCCCAUUAGUAUGUUUGAACAGUUGCUCAAAGCUAUUGGUGAUAUGGUAUGUACUGAUUCUCAUUUCAUUUUACUCGGCGAUUUCAAUCUUCCGGAUAUUUCGUGGCGGCAGGGAGUAAGUCCCAAAGCCAAUGGGCCGCGUGCAUUACGAUUCAUUGAAUUGUGUCGUAGUUUAGACCUUCAUCAACUAAUCUUUGAAGGCACUCAUGGGUCAAACACUUUAGAUCUCCUUUUGGUCAACAACAUGGAACUAGUUACAAGUACACAGGUUCUAGCGCCAAUAGGUGGUAGCGACCACGCGUCCGUCCUUUUUGAGCUGAACAUCGAGGCAGAAUAUAGGGUCAACACAGUGUUCAAACGAGACUUCAGGACUGCGAAUUUUGACGUAAUCAUAGAGUACCUAAAUAAUGUAGACUGGUACGGCUCUUUUAAUAGUGUUGACACGGUGAAUGACAAAUAUGAGAUAUUUUUGGCUAUUCUUCAUCAUGCAAUCGAAUUAUUCGUCCCUCUCAAAGCUCAAAAGACCAGUGUGGACCAAUUACCACAACAUCUGAUCAGAUACAGUCGUAAAAAGAACCUGGCAUGGAAUAAGGCCGUAGCAAGCGAUAAUCCGGAGAAUUGGGAUAAGUAUAAGAAGAUCAGCGCCAUUUUCGAGAAGAGGGUAAAUAAGUUUCGUAGUCGAAUCGAAAGAAAUGUUAUUAACUCCAGGAAUAAGAAUGCGUUUUAUAGGUUACUUAAUUCAAAGCUGAAGAAAAGCAAGGGAUUAGGGGUUCUGUUUGCAGAAGAUGGUAGAGCCGUAUGUCGAGAUGAAGAUAAAGCCGAACUAUUAGCCAGCAUAUUUGAAAAAGCUUACCAGAAAGGGGUUGAGGUCUCAGAACCCACCUUUCUCGGAAUACGUUCUUUUGUCCCUAGAAGUGAGCGGAAUAUAAACAAAGAUGGUAACCGACAUGUUCAUCGUUGGGAGAUCUCGAAGAGCAUUGCGACAGACAUUUGGAAAUCUGAGGAGAAAGUGUGA